UUUUUUUUUUUUGGUGCCCCCCUUUAUGUUUUUUCUACAUAAACCCAAACCCUUUUUAUUUCUCUCUCAUUUUAUCUAUCUCAAGCUCAGUCGGAGAAUCCCUCUCUCUAAAAACCAGCACAGAAAACCCUAGUGCCGGGGUUUAGGAGUUUGCCAUGGCUUCGAAGCGGAUCAGCAAGGAGUUGAAGGACCUGCAGAAAGACCCGCCAGCUUCCUGCAGUGCUGGUCCUGUUGCUGAGGAUAUGUUCCAUUGGCAAGCUACGAUUAUGGGUCCAGCCGACAGCCCAUUUGCUGGGGGUGUUUUCCUUGUAUCCAUUCACUUCCCACCUGAUUACCCUUUCAAGCCACCUAAGGUUGCUUUCCGGACAAAAGUGUACCAUCCCAACAUUAAUAGCAAUGGUAGUAUCUGCCUUGACAUCCUCAAAGAGCAGUGGAGCCCUGCUCUGACCAUUUCCAAGGUCCUUCUCUCCAUAUGCUCACUGCUGACAGAUCCAAACCCAGAUGAUCCUCUGGUGCCUGAGAUUGCUCACAUGUACAAGACUGAUAGAGUCAAGUAUGAGACUACUGCUCGAUCCUGGACUCAGAAGUAUGCUAUGGGUUAGAGGCUCUUCUUCUGGCUGAUGAAUCUAUUAUGUUUUAUGAUCCUUAUAGUAAAUAAAUAGUUUUAAGUGGAAGUGAGUCUAAGAUGUUUGUUCUUCUUUGGGUCCGUGUUAUUGCCUCUUUGGCUUUGGUGGAUGUUUAUGUAGUCUCAUUAAUUAAGCGAAGACAAUGUUAUUUUCAAUAGGUGGUUAAAGUUGUUGAAAAUUUGAUGGAGAUUUUGUC